AGGGUGGCGAGGCGGGAGGUAAAGACGGCGGCGAGGCGGGCGGCGACGAGGGUGGCGAGGCGGGAGGUGACGAGGGCGGCGAGACGGGAGGUGACGCGGGCGGCGAGGCGGGCGGCGACGCGGGCGGCGACGCGGGAGGCGAUGAGGGCGGCGAGGCGGGAGGUAAAGACGGCGGCGAGGCGGGCGGCGACGCGGGCGGCGAGGCGGGAGGUGACGAGGGCGGCGAGACGGGAGGUGACGCGGGCGGCGAGGCGGGAGGCGACGCGGGCGGCGACGCAGGAGGCAGCGCGGGCGGCGAGGCAGGAGGUGACGAGGGCGACGAGACGCUGGGGGCGGAGGUCGGAGCUGACGAGGGCGACGAGGAGGGAAGAACAGGGAAAACGCUGGGGGCGGAGGUCGGAGCUGACGAGGGCGACGAGACGCUGGGGGCGGAGGUCGGAGCUGACGAGGGCGACGAGACGCUGGGGGCGGAGGUCGGAGCUGACGAGGGCGGCGGAGGGGCAGGCGGCGGCGGUGCCGGAGGCGGCGGCGUGGGAGGGGGCGGGGCUGGCGGCGGCGUGGAGGGCGGAGGAAUUGGGGGCGGUGAGGGCGACAGCGACGGCGGCGGCGGCGAGGGCGGCGAGGCGGGAGGCAAAGAGGGUGGCGAGGCGGGAGGUAAAGACGGCGGCGAGGCGGGCGGCGACGAGGGUGGCGAGGCGGGAGGUGACGAGGGCGGCGAGACGGGAGGUGACGCGGGCGGCGAGGCGGGCGGCGACGCGGGCGGCGACGCGGGAGGCGAUGAGGGCGGCGAGGCGGGAGGUAACGACGGCGGCGAGGCGGGCGGCGACGCGGGCGGCGAGGCGGGAGGUGACGAGGGCGGCGAGACGGGAGGUGACGCGGGCGGCGAGGCGGGAGGCGACGCGGGCGGCGACGCAGGAGGCAGCGCGGGCGGCGAGGCAGGAGGUGACGAGGGCGACGAGACGCUGGGGGCGGAGGUCGGAGCUGACGAGGGCGACGAGGAGGGAAGAACAGGGAAAACGCUGGGGGCGGAGGUCGGAGCUGACGAGGGCGACGAGACGCUGGGGGCGGAGGUCGGAGCUGACGAGGGCGACGAGACGCUGGGGGCGGAGGUCGGAGCUGACGAGGGCGGCGGAGGGGCAGGCGGCGGCGGUGCCGGAGGCGGCGGCGUGGGAGGGGGCGGGGCUGGCGGCGGCGUGGAGGGAAUUGGGGGCGGUGAGGGCGACAGCGACGGCGGCGGCGGCGAGGGCGGCGAGGCGGGCGGCGACGAGGGUGGCGAGGCGGGAGGUAAAGACGGCGGCGAGGCGGGCGGCGACGAGGGUGGCGAGGCGGGAGGUGACGAGGGCGACGAGACGCUGGGGGCGGAGGUCGGAGCUGACGAGGGCGACGAGACGCUGGGGGCGGAGGUCGGAGCUGACGAGGGCGACGAGGAGGGCGGCGAGGCGGGAGGUAAAGAGGGCG